GAGACCGUGGAGCAGGGCAAAUACCAAAGUCAGAAGCUACCUUAGGGAGGCAGGGCCAGGGUGUUCUUCCACAGUGAUGAAGCUGCAGCACUGUUUUUGGGGAGGUUGGCCAGGCGGCAACAGCACCACCCAGCUCGCUUCCUGGGAGGCGGGGCCAGUGUGCACUAUUCUGUGAGGGAACCUCAGAGUUGUUUCCAGUGGAGGCGGGGCCAGGGCGUCACUGUCACGUGACAAAACUGCAGGGGCUGGAGUUGUUGGCUCAGCAGGGAACUGAGGGGGCUCUGCCAUGGCCUCUGAUGCCGUGCUGGACACAGCCACUGCACAGGUGCUGCAGGACGUGGCCAACCGCCUGCGCAUCCAUUCCAUCAGAGCCACAUGUGCCUCUGGCUCUGGCCACCCCACUUCGUGCUGCAGUGCUGCUGAGAUCAUGUCGGUGCUAUUUUUUCACACCAUGAAGUACAGGCAGAUGGAGCCAAGACACCCGGACAACGACAGGUUCAUCCUCUCCAAGGGCCAUGCGGCCCCACUCCUCUAUGCCGCCUGGGUAGAGGCGGGAGGCAUUAGUGAGCCCGACCUGCUGAAUCUGCGGACCAUUAACUGCGACUUAGAGGGACAUCCCACCCCCAGACUGUCAUUCGUGGAUGUGGCAACCGGGUCGCUGGGCCAAGGACUGGGGGCCGCGUGCGGAAUGGCUUUUACUGGCAAGUACUUGGACAGGGCCAGCUACCGGGUGUUCUGCCUCUUGGGCGAUGGCGAGUCCUCAGAAGGCUCUGUCUGAGAAGCUCUGGCCUUUGCAUCCCAUUACAAUUUGGGCAAUCUGGUGGCAGUCUUUGACGUGAACCGCUUGGGGCAGAGUGGUGUGGCGCCCCUUGCGCACUGCAUGGAUACCUAUCAGAGUCGCUGUGAAGCCUUUGGGUGGAAUACUUACCUAGUGGACGGCCACGAUGUGGAGGCCUUGUGCCUCGCGUUUUGCCAGGCAGCUCAAGUGAAGACAAAGCCCACUGCCAUAAUUGCGAAGACGUUCAAGGGCCGGGGGAUUCCAGACGUUGAGGAUGCAGAAAAUUGGCAUGGAAAGCCAAUGCCUAAAGAAAGAGCAGAUGAGGUCAUCAGACUAAUUGAGAGUCAGAUACAGACUAACAAGAAUCCGAUACCCAACCCACCUGCUGGAGGCUCCACUCAGAUCAGCAUCAUCACGAAUAUAAAAAUCACCUGUCCGCCUGGUUAUAAAGUUGGCAACAAGAUAGCUACUCAGCAAGCUUAUGGUUUGGCUCUAAUUAAACUGGGCCGUGCAAACGAAAGAGUUGUUGUCCUGGAUGGUGAUCCAAAGAACUCCACCUUUUCUGAGAUAUUCAAGAAGGAACACCCUGAGCGUUUCAUUGAGUGUUUUACUGCAGAACAGAACAUGGUCAGUGUGGCACUGGGCUGUGCUGCCCGGGGUCGAACUAUUGCUUUUGUUAGUACCUUAGCUGCCUUUCUCACAAGAGCCUUUGAUCAGAUCCGGAUGGGAGCCAUAUCUCAAACCAAUAUCAAUCUUAUUGGUUCCCACUGUGGGGUAUCAGUGGGUGAAUUUGGACCCCCCAAGCUGGCCCUGGAAGAUCUAGCUAUGUUCCGAAGCGUUCCCAAUUGCACGGUUUUCUAUCCAUGCGAUGCUGUCUCCACGGAGCAUGCUGUUUACCUGGCUGCCAGUUCCAAAGGAAUGUGCUUCAUUCGCACCGGAGGACCAGAAACUGCAGUUAUUUACACCCCACAAGAAAAUUUCGAGAUUGGACAGGCCAAGGUUAUCCGAAGCAGUGUUAAUGACAAAGUCACAGUGAUUGGAGCUGGCAUUACCCUGCAUGAAGCCUUAGCAGCUGCAGAUGCCCUUUUCCAACAAGGUAUUUCUGUCCGAAUCAUUGACCCGUUUACCAUUAAACCCCUGGACACUGCCACCAUUAUCUCCAGCGCAAAAGCCACAGGUGGCCGGAUAAUCACAGUGGAGGAUCACUACCAGGAAGGUGGUCUUGGAGAAGCUGUGUGUGCAGCCGUCUCUGGGGAGCCGGACAUCCACGUACAUCAGCUGGCAGUGUCUGGAAUGCCUCAAAGUGGAAAACCUAGUGAAUUGCUGGAUGUGUUUGGGAUCAGUGCUAGACACAUCAUAGCGGCUGUGAAAUAUAAUUUAAUGAACUAA